AUGGAGGACCACCCUCGACCUCGAGUACACAAGGCAUGCGACGCGUGCGGACGAAGGAAAGUUCGCUGCAAUGGCCAGCAACGAUGCCAGCAAUGUGAGCACAUGGGCCUAGUCUGCACAUACACCGAUAAUCGACUCGCGCGAUCACGGAAACACGCGCUUCGUCGGGGAGAAGUUAUCUCGAAACAUAAGAUCGAGUCGUCGUCAAAUGUACUUCUUGCACCAGCUUUAUCACCAGUUUCAACCUCGUAUUUUGAAAGCCUAAUCCCGGAAUAUAUGCAUUUCGUAUACCCAUUCAACCCCAUCAUGACCGAGGACGAGGUGCAAGAUGCAGUCAGCAAAAUGGACUCGGAUAGGGAGAACGCAGCAUUUGUAUACGCAUUCGCUGCCGCCACUAUUGACCUGGCGCAAUCCAAUCGCCCCACGUCAAGCGCCUCGACGCACAUCACCCAGCUUGUCAAUCAAGCCAUCGAAACCCAACCGCCCAUGUUUCUUGGCUUCCGGCCGUCCAUCCUGCGCACAAUGACCAACGUAUUUAUACAGAUGUGCUUUAUGAGCCUUGGCCAAUAUGACCUCGGCUUUAUAUAUCUGCGUGAAGCCAUCACCAUGAUCCACCUCCUGCGCAUCGAGGACAAGACUGCUCUCGCAAAUCUCAACCCCACAGAACGAGCACGACGCCAACGUCUUUACUGGUUAUGCUUCAUCCAUGAGCGAUUCAUGUCGAUUGUCCACUUCUCUCCCGCAACCCUAUCCCCCCAUGCCUCCUUCCCAGAGGCUGACCCCACCCUGGCCCCCGGUAUCUCCCAGGGCUGGACCCAAGUCAUCAAGACCUUCCUGAUCCUCGAACCAACCUUCAUAAACCUCUGGAUCGGCGACAGAAGCCAAGUCUCAGCGAAAUGGGUCGAGAAAAAGUACCAGGAGCUAGACGACGCCCGCUGGGAACUCGAAGUCUCGAUGUUAUCCGAGACGCAGCAAGCCGAUCUCGUCAUCACCCGACAGUGGAUGCGUACUCUGCUUUGGCAGAUGGCCAUGUCUAACUGGCUUUUAUCCUCUCGUGCUCCCUGUCCUUCACUAUCCCUAGAACUCCCGCUCCGGCUAUCCGGCCAGCUGAGACAAUUCCUGACUAAGAUCUCGCAAAAUACGAUUCGCGUGCACGGAUCUUCCAUUCUCACCAAGUUGGUGGAGAUCAUUAAUACUAUCGCCGAUGUUGUUAUUCAUCUUCCGCAGGCAACGCUGGAGCAGACCACUAGCCGGAUUGGGGAUAUUGUGUUUAUGAAGAGUGUGGUGUUUUCGUUUCAUAAUUUACAGCAGGUGUCGAAGGAUAUUCUUCUUGAGAAGUUCUGUUUGAUUAGGGACCGGUUUCCAGGGAUUGAGGCUGCUUGUCAAUUGACUUUUUAG